AUGGUGGAAGAGUGGUCAGAAACGCGGUUCGCGCCCUCAUGGGUUACCGUUGCCGCCUUCGUCGUCUUCGUCGUCUCGCUAGUUUGGAUAAGGCACAGAGUAGCCGACAUUCGAAUUCGCAUUGCCGGUGGUGCAAGAGCGCCAAUUUUGGCAAACAACUUGUUUUCUGCUACCAGGCUGUACAUUGAUAUUGGGAAACACCAGUACAAUAACAAACUCGCACAGUGGUGUAACGAUACCUUGGAUAGAAAGCAAACCAACUGCGCGGAAUUUAGCUUGACUGGAAAGAAAAGAGUCCUCAUUACCCGCGAGCCUGAGCAGAUAAAGGCCAUUUUGGCGACGAAAUUCGCCAACUUCGGACAUGGUCCUCAAUGGCACCGCUUGUGGCGACCUUUCCUCGGUAAUGGCAUUUUUGCGACCGAUGGGGACGAUUGGCAUCGCAGCAGAGGGUUAAUCCGUCCCAUGUUUGUCAAGGACAGACUGCGGAAUCUAGUGAUUUUUGACAAGUGCACAGAUAAUCUCUUGUCGAAGUUGCCUCCUUCUGGAGUGGCAGUUGACAUCAAAGACUUGUUCUACAGGUGGACUCUUGAUACUACUACAGAUUUUCUCUUGGGCGAAAACGUCAACAGCUUGGACAAUCCCAAUAACGAAGUCUCAGAGGCAAUGGCAGUUGCUCAGAGGAUUCAGAUGUACAUUUUUGUUCUCAAUCCCAUUGCGCCUUUGAUCCCGAAAGGAGCUUACUACCGUUCUAUUAGAAGGAUUGAACAAUUUCUCGAGCCUAUUAUCCAGCGUGCCAUUUCAUUACCUCCGCAUGAGCUCGACGAAAUUUCUAAAAUCGACACCCAAUAUACUUUUCUUCACAGCAUCGCCCGGGUAUCCAAAGAACCAAAACUUAUUCGGGACGAAAUCAUGUCCGUUCUCUUGGCUGGACGGGAUACCACCGCGGCCACAUUAUCAUGGGUUAUGUACGAAAUGGCAAAUGUGCCGAGCACCUGGACGAAGCUGCGUGCAGAAGUCCUCAACGAGUUGGGCAACCACGGCAUGCCCACAUACGAAGCACUUAAGAACAUGAAAUACCUCAAAAAUAUCCUCAACGAGGUGCUCAGGCUCCACCCAGCAGUGCCGAUCAACAUGCGUCAAGCUUUGGAGGACACGGUAAUCCCAGGUGCGCCUGGCCAGCCUGACAUUGCCCUCUUAAAGGGCGAUACAGUGACUAUAAACACCAUCGGCAUGCAUGCCCGAAAGGACUUGUACCCUCGGGUCUCCAAAACCUUUGCGGAUCCAGCCAUAUUUAGCCCUGAACGGUGGGAUUACUGGACUCCUACUCCCUGGACUUACACCCCAUUCCACGGCGGGCCUAGGAUAUGUGUUGGUCAGAACUUUGCCUUGACCGAGAUGGCUUUCUGCUUGGUUCGGUUGGCACAAAAAUAUGAGAGAAUGGAGUAUCGAGGGGACUGGCAUGCGCAGAGCUUACGAGCAGACAUCAUCGGGACGCCGGCGCUUGAGGUACCUAUAGCAUUAUACGAGCCACAAGAUUUGAAUGUGCAAUGA